AUGGUGCGAACAACGGCAGCUCGUACUUACGGCAAGACCUCAACAAAGGCAAAAGCAAGGCGACUGUUUGCUGAACUUCCACAAACGCCGAUUCGGAAACCCAAUGCGACAGUCACCCUAGACUCCGAAGAUGACUCUAUCAUCAAGAUUACCGAGGAUCUGGACGCCCUUGGGAUCAACUUAGAUUCCUAUUCCUCUGAAGAUGAGCUAUCAAAAGACUUCAGCGAAGUUGUCGUAGAAUCUCCGCCAACACCACAAAAGCCGGAGACUCCCCCGAGGGCGGUGAAACAAACCCCACGGACCGCAAAAACCACGAGAAGGAUAGCAAAAGGAACGCUCCUUACACCCGUGUCGAGGGCCGAAACGCCCAAGACCAAAGCCCCCGAAGUGCCAGUUGAGCCUCAGCCUGAAUAUCGCAUCCUUACCUGGGAGGAUGUAUGCCCACCCGGAGACACGAUCGAGAAGAUUGCCGAGGCUUCCUACGCAGAAGUAUACCGCGUCCGAAACGACCGUGGCACAAGCAUUAUCAAGUGCAUCCGUCUUGAGUCGCCCAUUAAGGCCCAAACUAAGGCUCAGGAGCGAUCUGGACUGGUUGACGAAGAGCCGCACUCGGAAGACGAUAUGCGUGGUGAACUAAGCAUAUCCGAGUGGCUCGCUGACAUUCCAGGUUUCGUCAUUUACAAGGAGCGCUACCUUGUGAAAGGAAAAGCACCAAAGUGCUUGCUUGAAACACACCAAAGCUUUCAUCGGAAGAUGAAGCGCAAGGACCCGGAUAGGCUGCAGUUUUACCCAAGCCCGAGUCGCUAUCUUGACGAGACCACUUUUCUGGUGGUAGAGCUGGGCGAUGCAGGAAUUGCGCUCGAAGACUUCGAGCUUACGGAUUCCGGUCAGCUGUGGGAUAUCUUCUUUCAUGUGGCAAUCGCACUGGCUAGGGCGGAAGAUCUAGCUUGCUUUGAGCACCGCGAUCUGCACGAGGGCAACCUUUGCAUACGGAGAUCAGAAGACCCGCAAACGCGGAAUCCGAAGAAAGCAGGGCCGUACUUUGGCUACUCUGGCCUUGACAUCACGAUUCUUGACUAUGGUCUCUCUCGCGCCGAGGAUCUCGAAUUAGAAGAAUCUGAGCCUAUUGCGCUCGACCUCGAGAAGGACCUCAGCAUCUUCACCAGUACUCACGCCCCACAAUGCAAGGUCUACCGCCAAAUGCGAUCUUUUCUUAUGCGCGGCGAGCGUGGGCAUCUGCCACCGUCCGCCCACAAAUCACCUUACUGCAAGGGGGUAGAUGGCGAACCUCUGUCAUGGGACGUAUUUGUGCCGUACACUAACGUCUUGUGGCUGGCAUAUCUCUAUCAGUACAUGAUCAAGGGGUUUCAGGGCGACAAGAAGGACCUCGCAGCGUUCAAGAAGGUCACGAAAGAGCUGUGGAAAUACCUCGAUCCCGAUGCCAAGGCUGGAACGCCGGCAUUUGGGACUUCAGCCGAAGUCGUGAGGUUCGCGGUUGAAGCCGGCUGGAUAGACGAGUCACAGCUGAUGGGGGACAUUGAAGAAGACAGGGAAGAGAGCAUCAUUCUUUCCAGAGAGGAGGUGCAAGAAUUGGGUCUGCGGCGAUCACCGCGAAAGCUGCGGUGA